AUGACCACGCGGCCACGGCUGGAGGGUGUGCUGCUCGCUAAACGCGACGACGGCGUGUCCGCCGAGCCCGAGACGUCCGCCCAGACUAUGUCGUUGGGCGCCAACAUUCUCGUCAUACUCGGGGCCCUGUUGGUCGUGGGAGGAAUGGCGCUUCUCAUGUGGCUACUGCACGUGCGCCGUCGGAAAGGCGACUUCCCCGAACUCGAUGCCGCAUCAAUGGAAGGGUCCAAGAUGGACGAGUUUGAAGCUUAUCGGCACCUGAAGUUCGACGAGAAGAGCCUUCGGGACCUGGAACGCGGUCUGGGUAUCGACAGCAAACCACCGGAGCCGGUAGUGCUUACGAGGAGAUGA